AUGGAUCGGCGCAGCGGCCGGCCCGAGCGCCAAGUACACGCUGACUGCGGCACCGAGGAGAAGUCCAGACACGAUGCGCUGCACCAUGUUGUUGGUCUGGAACGCUGCAAUGAGGGGGUUCGCGCUCACGCGCUGAGACGUGGGCGCCUCGACCACCGCGCCCUUGAACUGCUGGCGCGCCGCUUGCAGCCCUGCUCUCUGGUCCAAUCAGGAACGCAGGUGGCGGAGGGCACGGUCUGCCGCAUGGAGUCCAAUUGCUGA